AUGUUCAGGGUUGUUCAACUGCACAUCCUGAUCCUGGUCAGCUCCCUGGCAUUGAUGAGCGCACAGCAGCAGCCGCAGAGGGUUCCAAUCCAUACCCCAUGGCUCUACUCGAUGCCCUGGCGUCCAUUGAUCCUGCCCACAGCGAGCCCUUUGCCGCCUCUGGCGGGUAUUGCUCAACUGAGUCCUGGUUACACGGGUCCCCAGACGUUCCCUCUAGUUCCUCAGGAUCAACAGCAGCAGCAGCAACAAAAUCAGCUAAACACCAUCCCGCAGCAGCAGCAAUAUCAGCCACCAAACCAACAGCCAUAUCAGCCCGUACUGGUGGGAUUAUUCACUCCUCAGCUGCAGACCCAUCCCUUGGCAGCUCCUCCACAGGCUGGACACUUUGGCCUGCCCUUCAGGCCAUCCCCCUUUGCCGGUUACACGGAUGACGAAAAUGGUGAUUCGGUUCAGGGGCAGGAAAACCGCGUCCCAGAACAACAGCCGCAGCAGCAACUGGAGGAACCCCCCUUCCAUGCCCGUUCCUAUAGUAAGCCAGUGCAGGAGCAGCCAGCGGGUGCUGGAGGAUUCGGAGGAGGUGGCUCACUAGGCUAUCUAUAUUUCUCCCCUAGUAAUGCUUACAAUCUCGUAAGAGGUCAGGCCAGGUAA